AUGUCGAUAUUUUUUGAUUUCAAUAUUGGCCCAAAGGGAAGAAGGCUUAGAAGGGCCGUACAAGAGGAUAAAUAUGAAAUUGAAGCUUUGCUAAAAGAAAACGAGUCGGAGAAAUUGUUUGGUGAGGUUGAUGUCGGGAGUUUGAUUGAAUUAACAACGUUAUCAAUAUGUAUGGUUAAUUCCAAGCAGGAGGUAAUAGGAUUUAUGUCAGUAUGUGACCAUCCUUCCAUUCCCGGCGUGGACCCGGCAGCUUGGGAGCCUUGGAUGCGGAAUAUGUAUCAAAAAUACUAUUUAUCACGAAAUACUUUGUUCAUCCACGCAAUGUGUUGUGCUGAGACUGCAUUCGCUUAUUUUCUAGAAGAGUCUUUGGUAUCUCUGUUUAAGAACGAUGUUUAUUUGCAACAAAUAGUGCUUAUGGUUCCACCAGAUUGCCCUAAGGAGUUCAUUCUAAAGUAUCAGACUGUCCGAAAAUAUAAUUACAAGAGAAACAAAGCGAAACGGGACGAUGACAACGACCCUAAUUAUCAUUAUUUCUAUACGGCUAUACGACAAGAUUUCUGUCCAAAAUUGAGAAUACGACGAGCUGUUGAGGAAGACAACGACGACAUAGUAGCAAUUCUCGACAAGAAUUCUCCUCGAUUACGCGAGUUGUACGGCGACUAUUACAUCAGUGAGAUUAUCGGACAGCAUCCAGAAAUGAAAAGAAAGAUUAUUGUAACAGAGGGUAUUGAUGGAGUAACUGGUGUAAUGUGUUUGAAUUCUGAUGUUAAUUUUUCCAUGCUUCAAAAUACAUACGAGUUGGAUUCAUACCACGGGCUGUGUAAGGCUACACCUCUUGAAAAAGAGAAAAAUAGGAGAAGCAACAUUCUUCUACGUACUUUUGGGGACCCCAUUAUGCUAGGAAAAUGGACUCCAUUUGACGUUACUCCCUUCAUUGAACAUGAAAAUACUCAGGAUGAUCAAUCAUACGACAAUGUAAGCCUGAAAACAAAACCUUCAAAUAAGGUGAACUUCCGUCGCCAGUCUCACUAUAAUAUUGAUGUACAUAACUCCGAAGAAUUAAGUGAAAAACUCUCGCCAAUAUUAUCCCAACGUACAUCAUUUGUCGACUUUCUACUCGAAGAAGAUCCAUUUGAUUAUGAAAUCGUCAACAUAGACUGUAAUUUGCUGACGGUCCCUCGGGUUUCCAAGGAUGUUUUCUUGCCCAUCGUGAAAAAGAGGAGUCCAAGACGAUCAAUUGUCAAUGAAAUGGAAAAUAAAUAUAGACGCAGAUCAUCAAUAAGAAUUAAUCAAAAAACUGAGAAUAAAAAGAAAUUUUCUGGUGAACCAAACGCCUUUAUGAUUGAACUAUUUGGUUUACACCAUGAUAUCGAUGAGAGUCACGCCUUCGAUUUACUAGAAGCCUCAUUUGAAAUUAUGAAAGAUUAUGAUUACUGUAUUAUAAGAAAGCCGUGUUCGGAAAAAAGCUUUCCAUUAUUACAACAUUUUGCCUUUGUUCCCACUAAGAAUCAAGUGGCUUGUGAAUAUGCGUUAUAUAUUGCUCACAGAUGUUCUGUUUUAAGUAGAUUGCGCGUACGACGGGCUGAAAUAAUAGACAUACCGCAAAUAGCGGAGUUGCUCUACAGUUUAGACGGCAAAGAGACGCUAUGGUCGGUAGAAAAUACAAUUUUCAGGAGAAACGAACUAGAGGCAUACGUGUUUCUAAGCAAUGUUUCUGUUGUAGGCAUUGGGAUACUAGAACCCCCGGAUCAAAUCGAAUUUUUACGUAGCAAGUUCAACUUGGAUGAGUACCGUGCUCACAGCCAUCACGUGAAGGGACAGGGUCAAGGGGCAGGGUGUGGCACUCUUAAUACGGCCCUUGUAUACCCCGCUUUUGAACCACAUUAUAGAUUCUUCGUUAGAGAUAUGCUGCGGUUGUCGGGGAUUCAUUCUCUUGUGUGGAUGACGGCUUAUAGGAAUAAAUGGGUAACACAUAAAAUAAAUACGUUUGCGUCUGUAAUGAUCCCGUUGCGUCCGCGCAUCUCGCAUUUGGAUUAUGCACCAGUACCAGAAUUGAAUAAAUUGCAAGCACUUUCUAAUUCCUUGAUGUCAUUCAGCUGUUGGUACAUCGGUGCCAGGCUGACCAGUGUUCCCAAAGUGACAGUGGAUUGUAGAUUGGUAGUCAUCGGCGCCUCUACCACCGCAAUGGCGUUUUUGAAUACAUUAUUGUUCGGGGACACCUCAUCUUACAUAUUCUUCACAAACUUAACACUAAUAUCGCCCCACGGGUUGCCAUACGUAAGAAAUUCAAACUCGCUCGCCGAAAUGAUGUUUCUAAAGGAUCACUACAAUUCGGAGAAAUAUUUAAAGAGUGUACCGUACACAUAUUACGUAAACACUAUACACGGUACUGUGGUGGAAAUUCACAAAAGGCAGAAAUAUGUGUUGUUGUCAAACGGUAGCAGGUGUUACUACGAUCGGUUGUUCUUACUAUGCGGCAUUCAGUACCAACUUCCCGAUUAUUUAAAAAUACACCAGCCUAAUAGAAGUGACAUUAAGUACAGUCGUCUAGACGUGCCUCAUGGUCUGAAAAAGCCAUCCCUAUCAUUGCUUCCUUCUAAUGUCUUCGUAGUUAACAAUGUAUCGGACGCAAACAAGGCACUCAACUAUUUAAAAUCUAUUGACUGGGAAGAGACUGAAGGAAAAAUACUAGUAUAUGGAGCAUCGAUUCAUGCAUAUUGUUGUCUUGCGACGUUACUGGAGAUGAAAAUUUCACCAGAACUGAUCGUAUAUAUAGAACCUUUUCCGGACGAAUGUGAAGGUUCUCGAGUGUCGCCCUUUUGUAAUAUUUAUGUUGACAAAACAAUGUGUAAAGUUCUCGAACGUUUGAAAAUAAAGGUAUACCGUUCAUAUUACUUUCAAAACUGGAGUUUGGAUAGCGAAAAUGCCAUAACUCACGUUCAAAUUAUGUCGCAUUUUGAAUUGUUAAGCUUAGAAUGCGCUGCGUUUUUCUAUUACGGCAAACGAGGUGUAAACGAACAAAUAUUUAUGGCGGUUCAUAUGGCUGGUAUGGGGUACAGCGGUGGGUUGCUGGUGGACCACCAGUUCAAGAGUAGCGCACCUCUUGUUUAUGCUGCGGGACCUCUCGCGCAACACCGAUAUAGCUACCACGACAGCUAUGAGACUGGAUUCUAUCUAGGAAAACUUAUAAGAAAUGAACUGGACCCACUGUUUACUGAACAAAGCAAGCCUAGAAACAAUGGGACUGGCAAAGAAAAUGUUGACGUCAAUACGUCAUGUAAUGGAAAUGGCGUUGAGGAUGAUACACAACAAGAAAGAGGACAGAGUAUACCAGAAUUGAAGAGGCCCAUCGUACAAUGUUGUUAUUUGCCGGGAGGGUUACAGUAUUUAGAAGUUCGACCGCCCGGAAUCAAAGUCCCGCACCAUUAUGUACAAACUUUAGAGUAUAAUGGUUUUGUAAUAGAAACAUUCAAAGGGGGAUAUUUUAAAUUGCACUUCAAUAAAGAUCUGAUAGUAGACGGAAUUACAUGUCUUACGCCAGAUAAGUACUCGUUGGAGAAUUUUAAAAAACUAUAUGGAUUAUCCAGUUCUAUACUUAGUAAUGUGCAUUUGAGAUACACGACAAAAAGACUAGACAAUUUAUACGAUUUCUUCCGUGAGCCGUGGGCGCAUUUCUUGUACCAUGACCACGUAGAAGAGCUUUUCGCAAUUGUCAAGGAACUACUGCCAACGGCACAUUCAUACAACAUGAAGAUGAAGAUCCGAUCCAGUUUUGAAAAAUCCCCACACAUAGAGGCGAUCACCCAAUACGUGAUACAGUGGGUGUCAGAAAAUAACGUCCUAUUACCGAUGUAUCUACAACCAUCUGAAAGAUCGGCGUAUGCGCACGACUUGGACAAACACCCGGCUUUUAAAAGGAGGAAGCGAAGUAUUGUCAAAAUGUUGGCGAAGAUCUGUUAA